AUGCCUUUUAUGAAGGUAAAAGGAACCAAACAUUACGGAUUAGUUGUGGUUGGACAUUCCUUAGGAGCUGGAACUGCAGCUAUUCUUUCUUUCUUGCUCAGACCUCAGUACCCUACACUACAUUGUUAUGCUUACUCUCCACCUGGAGGACUUCUUAGCUCUGAUGCUAUGGAAUACUCCAAGGAGUUUGUGACAUCUGUCAUCCUUGGCAAGGAUCUGGUACCAAGACUUGGUUUGUCGCAGCUAGAAGUCUUUCGUAGACACUUACUUGAAGUGUUGCAGAAGAGCAAUAAACCAAAGUGGAGAAUAAUCAUGGGCGGUACUAAAUGUAUUCCUAAAUCUGAACUGCCGGAUGAUGAGGAAGUGCCUAACAUUCAGAGUAACAGGCAAUGGACCUACCCCAGUGACCUUACUAUCGCUCUUUCUGCUAGUGUGCCACUCUACCCACCAGGUCGGAUUAUACACGUCAUACACAACCAUCCUGAGGAAAAGUGUUGCUGUGGACAGGAAGAGUCGACUUAUUAUGCUAUUUGGAGUGAUAACAAGACUUUAGAUGAGGUCAUCAUCUCUGCUGCCAUGCUGAAUGAGCACAUGCCUCAUGUUGUAAUGGAUGGAUUACACAAGGUGUUGGAGAAUUACAACAAAGGAAAGACGGCUUUGCUAGGAGCAGCAAAGGUCAUGGUCAGCCCAACAGAGGUGGAUUUGAAUCCUGACAUGAUUGUUCAGCAGCAGCCUCAAGCAACAAAGCAUGGAGAUCAAAGGAAGAAUGCCAGUAUAAAGAGUAAGUCAAAAUCUGAACUGAGUUUUGAAGAUCUUUAUCAGACAAAACAGAAGCCAUGCCAAAAGGACUCUGUUGAGUUGCUUCUAAUGAACACUAAGGAGAGGCUGGUAACUGAAAUAGAGGAGCGGAGGGCUCCUCUUGCCACAAUGGAAAGUCUGUCUGACAACGAGUCUAUCUACAGUUUUGAUUCCCGCCGCUCCUCUGGAUUUCGCAGCAUAAGGGGUUCUCCAAGUCUGCAUGUUGUCAUGGAGAAAGAUGAGUCACAUUGUUUCUACAUUGAUCCAGCAAUUCCAGAGGAGAAUCCUUCCCUGAGCUCCCGGACUGAGUUACUGGGUGCAGACAGUUUAUCUAAGCAUUCUCAGGAGGUGCAACCACUCGAACCACUACAAAACAGCUGUUAUUCUCUGCCUAGUCCCCUGCAAGUGGACCUUGGUGAGCAGGAGAACAAACAGGCUGCGGAGGUGGAAACAGAUAGCUUUUCAGAUAAGUUGCCAAUAGAAGAAGACAGUAAAGAAUGGAUAGAGAGUCUGCGAGACGUGCCAAGUCCACAAGUGCUUGAAUUUGCUGAGUUUAUAGACAGCCUUUUCAAUCUGGAUGGAAAAAGCAGCUCCUUCCAAGAUAUUUAUCAUUUGGUACUUGAUGAUAGUUUAGAAGAAUAUAAUGAAAUUCCCAAGUCAGUAAGUGAGCAUGAGAUCCUGAUGCGAGCACAGUUUGAACCCAACUUAGUGCCAAAACCACCCCGUUUGUUUGUUGGAUCAGCAGAUGCUGGGACCUCAUCUGGGAUUUCGGUAUCUCCAUCCUUUCCAUUCAGUUCAUCGGGUGAACUGAUGGACAUUACUCCAACCUGCAUAAGCAGCCAGGAGUGCCUGACUAUGGAUACAAAGUUGAGAACUUCAACUCCAACAGAUCACCAACCCAACUCUAAUAAAUCUGCAGAAGUUAUCAUCUCAGCUCUUUAGAACCUCUGUAAAGUACGUAACAGAGCACAUUAGCAUGCUGACUUUGAAGUGGUUUUUGCUUUAAAAAGCAGAACUGUGAAACUCAAAAGAUGGGUGCAAACCACUUGAGCCCAUAAUGGCAUAAUAAUAGAACUGACCCACUAUAAAAACCCUGAUGGAAGAGGAAGUCAAUGCACGAAAGCAAUUCAUGUUAUUGAAAUCAGGCAGUCUUACGUUAAUCUCUUGAUUUAUAUGUGGGUUUUGAACAAGGUGAAUAAGAUGACUAGCAGUUGGUUGACAGUUGAUUGAUAAGAGGGAGAGUAUUACAUUCCCUAAAGAGUAUUGUUAUAUUUUUGAGAUUGUUGGGAAUUUUUUUUUAUAAUGGAAUUUCAAAGCAUCCAGAUUUGAAUAUGGGUUUCACCCAGUGCAUACAUCAACUUGACCCUUUUAUUGAUAUGUGGCAUUAGUACAAAUCUCACCAGUAGUAGGAACCAAGGGAUUAUAGCACAGGAUCACUCAUAAAGACAUUUCAACUCUCUUCACCAUUGUAUUUCCAGUUUUGUUGGGGAUAAAUAGAAAACUGAAUGCCAGAAGUCUGAAAUAUAAACAGAAAUGAAAAUGGGUCGGUCAAAAUUUGAAAGAGAAAAGUCAAGUUCAUUUUGCAGCUGACAGGCUCGGAGGUGGACAUUCCAGCAAAUUCAUGUGGCAGUGUCUUAUGCCCCUUUCCUGAAAUGGUCCUGCACUCCAGUAGUUUUGCUGAAAGCAUUUCCUGAAGUAGUGACAACCUGCCAGAAAGUGGUGCAAGAGGCAGUUGACAAGUCUUGAGAGCUUGUUGUAGAGAUGUUUGAGAUUAUGAAGGUGAGACACGAGAAACACAGCAUUUCCAUGGAGAUGAGGUAGCUGCACAGUGGGAAGCCAGUCAGAGAAACAAGAGCCAGUCUUACACUGUGUAAAUGGUGAACAGAACAGUGAACAGCUCGUGUUGACACUCAAUGGUCACUGUAUUGAGCAGAGCUUGCUAAAUGUUUCAGGGUGAGAUGCUGAGGCAGUUGUGCGGAAGUCAAUGAGUAAAGCACAGGGAUCUAGGCAGUAGUCUGUGCAACUGGUAACAGGUGAGGCUAAGCAUGGGGCUCAGUCACUCUGAGGUGGCAACAGGUUUUGAUGAGGAGACACUUUGCCAGGAGCACAUAGAGCUCCUUGCUGCUGUGGGAUGCAGAAAUGAUGCUGAAUGGCAGGGAAAACAUAAAGAUGCUGUACUCACCAUAGUGUGCACUGCCAGGAAUCAAUUUCCUCAACAUGGCAAAGAGCAUUUCUGCUGGAGGCUGCAUAUAUUAAAACAUAUAUUCACUAAUGUGUGCACACUCAUGGUGAAAGAAUUGGUGCACCACUGGUUGAGUGACCAUACCUUUCCCCUAGACAGUGCCAAUAGUGCUGAGUUUCAUUGCCACUAGGUCAUUCACAUGUGUAGCAUUUCACAAGGUGCUAUCUAUCAUAGCAAAUGUUGGGUGCCCUCUGAGACAGCAUUGGAAUCCACUGAGUUCUGGACUGAUGUAGCAAAACUGAUGAGACCACUCAAGCACAGUGCCAUGGGCAUGAUGUCUUCAUGUUCAUGGUGUGAUUGACUGCACCAAUGUGGCAACCAAGAUUGCAGCAAUGCAGCCAGUGACAUUUAUAGAAAGUAUGCAAUUUAAUUCCUUCAGUGUGCAGCUUAUAUGAAACCACUGCAAGCAUUUUCUGCAGGUGUGUGAAAGAUUUCUUAGCAGUUGCAAAGCUGUAUUCUUCCUUAGUCAAUAAGACCAUAAGACACAGGAGCAGAAGUAGGCCGAUCAAUCCAUUGUGUCUGCUCUGCAAUUCAAUGAGAUCAUGGCAGAUCUGAGUCCUCAAUUCCAUUUUUCUGCUUUUCCCCAGAGCCCUUGAUUUCUUACGAAUUAAAAAUCUACAUAUGUCAGCUUCUAAUGUCCUUAAUGACCCAGCCUCAGUAGUCCUCUGUGGUAAUGAAUUCCACAAAUUCACUACUCUCUGAGAGAAGAAAUUCCUUCUCUUCUGUAUCUUAAAUGUCCAAACCCCUAUUCUGAGAUUAUGCGUCUGGUCCUGGAAAAUAAUCUUUCCACAUCUGCCCUGUCCAAGAAUCUUGGCAGCAGGUGCUCAUGCCACCAGAAGACUAGAUGGAUGGCUGCUAGGGGCCAACAGUUAUCAUUUGAAGGAAGGUUCUUGACACCUAUGUACAAUCCUACAAUGGAGGCACAGAGUUGCUACACCUCUUGCAUUUUAACACGAGGUCUCCAUAGAGCAAGCCGUUGGACUCCUGACAAUGUGGUUCUGGUGCCUUAACUGAUCAGGGGUGGACAGGGUGUGGCAUUUCCUCCUGUAAACUCCUUGCAUGGUGGUAUUGAGAAAUGCUGACUCUGUGAAUGAAGAUGUAGAGGAGUGCCUCAUGUCUUUAGAGGAGGAGUGCCCAUGUCUUCAGCAGAAGAGGAAGAUGUGAUGUAACAUGGUGAUCAUGUUCUGCAAGGCUUUAUGGACACGUAGCUGAGCUGUUGAACCAGUUUACGGAGAUGGUGAAAGAGCCCAGAUCGAUCUAUUCCAGAUAUGAUCCUUGUGAGGAAGGCUCAUUCGAGCUGGUAUUCACACCACAUACAACGAACAGCCACAAACAAAUUGCCUGAUGGGCAGAGUCAUCUCCUAUAUCUCCAUAAUAAUGCCUGGAAGACAUGUUACCAUCAGCAGAAACUCCCUACCUUUGUGCCGCAUGUCUACUUCAUCAUGUUGAUGCCUUAAUGUUCUCAAAACAGAGGGGCAUGGAAUUCAUAGUGUUGGCAUAAACCAUUUCAUUAAAUUGAGGGCCAAUCAGUGAACAGAAGAAUUAAGAAAAACACAAUGUUUUGGUAUCACUUUUAGGUGGCCUCUCCUAUAGGGUGCUCUCCCUCUACCCUCAGUAGACUUAAAGAUGGAGACAAGCUGAUUUCUUUUCUCUGCAUGAAGCUGAGGUGUCCGUGGCAUCUGUGCUCAGUGACUUGGCACUGCUCCUGCUGAUCUAUCUGCAAAGGUCAAGAAUAGCCGAGGUCAUGGGCAUUGGCUAUUUUGGUGGUGUCUCAGAGGGGCCAAAGGAAUGGCCAAUGCCAGGUGAGCCCAUGAAGAAUGCCUCCUUCAAUAUCAUUCCUGGAUGCCCCAGAUCUUUCAAGGUACAUGUGCGCAUCUGAGCAAAUCAGCAUCUUGACCACAUCAGGUUGCCUGGCCAAGCAUUAGCGUGGCACAAUGGUUCAGUGGUUAGCACUGUUGUCUCACAGCGCCAGGGACCUGGGUUUGAUUCGACCCUCGGGCGGAUAAUUUUUCAUCUAAAGAUGUCUAGGUUAAGUGGAUUGGCCAUGCCAAAAUUGCCCGUAGUGUCUAGGGAUGUACAGGCUAGAUGGACAAGCCAUGGGAAAUGCAAGGUUAUAAGG